UUUAGUUUUCCGCCUCCUCCUCUCUUUAUUCCUUACGUCUCUUCCCUCCCAUCGCCUCUUGCUCCGCCCCACCGCCCAUGGAAUUGCUGCGCGCUCGACCCUCUCCCCAGGCCGCCGCCAGCUUGAGGCCGUCGUAUCGGCACCGUUUCCUCUCCGUCGGACCGCUUCGUCGGAGCAUAGCGUUGCGGUGUAAAAGAGAGGACCAGGACUGGCCGACCCUGGCUUCCGGGAAACCGGCGGAGGCUGAGAAUGGCCCGCUGAUGGCUCUUCCUACCGCUCGGGUUGAACUCAAUGGCAAUGGAAUGGUCUCAGUUUCUGGAAUUCUUGAUACCAUUACUGAAGUUGAAGAUUCUAGCCUUUUCUCUAAUACCAUUGUCAACGAAAUUGAGCAAGACAAAGUUUUAGUUUCUGGCAAUGUUCUGGAUCUUACUGCAGAAGAGAAUGAAAUUGAUGAACAAGAGAAAUCCAAGGCUAGUAUAACUCAUAAUAUUAUUUUUGUUAGCUCUGAAGCUGCUCCUUACUCAAAAACAGGAGGAUUAGCGGAUGUUUGUGGUUCAUUACCUAUUGCUCUUGCCUCAAGAGGACAUCGAGUAAUGGUGAUCACUCCAAGAUACCUAAAUGGUGUUUCGGAUAAAAACUUUGUUAAUGCAACUGAUCUCAUGGUGCGCAUCAAAGUUUCAUGCUUUGGAGGAGAGCAUGAAAUCUCUUUCUUUCAUGAAUACAGAGAGGGUGUUGAUUGGGUAUUUGUUGAUCAUCCUGCUUAUCACAGACCUGGAAAUCCGUAUGGCGAUUCAAGUGGAGCUUUUGGUGACAAUCAGUUCAGGUUUACAAUCUUGUCAUAUGCAGCUUGUGAGGCUCCAUUAGUGCUACCUCUGGGAGGUUAUACAUAUGGAGAGAAAAGCCUUUUCGUUAUUAAUGAUUGGCACACAUCACUUGUAUCAGUUCUUCUGGCUGCAAAAUAUCGUCCACAUGGUGUUUACAAAGAUGCUCGCAGCGUACUUGUUAUUCAUAACCUCGCCCACCAGGGUGUAGAACCAGCAAUUACAUUUAGCAACUUGGCACUGCCUACAGAGUGGUAUAGUUCUCUUGAAUGGAUUUUUCCUACUUGGGCUCGAAAGCAUGCGCUUGACAGGGGUGAGGCGGUUAAUUUUCUUAAGGGUGCAAUUGUUACAUGUGAUCGAAUAGUCACUGUCAGUCAGGGUUACUCUUGGGAAAUUACAACUUCAGAAGGUGGGAAUGGUCUAAAUGAGCUUCUAAGCAACCGAAAAUAUGUUUUGAAUGGAAUCACAAAUGGGAUUGACGUCGAUGAAUGGAAUCCUACUUCAGACAAACAUAUUCCGUUCCAUUAUUCAGUUGAUGAUCUCUCUGGAAAGACUCAGUGCAAAGCAGCUUUACAGACAGAGCUUGGUCUUCCUGUCAGGCCUGAUACCCCACUGAUUGGAUUCAUUGGAAGAUUGGAUUAUCAAAAGGGCACUGAUUUGAUCUGUUCAGCAUUGCCAGAGUUGUUGCAAGAUGACGUCCAAUUUGUUAUGCUUGGAUCAGGGGAUGCAAAAACUGAAAGUUGGAUGCGUUGGGCCGAAUCUGUCUACAACGAAAAGUUCCGUGGAUGGGUCGGAUUUAACGUCCCAGUUUCUCAUAGAAUAACUGCUGGUUGUGACAUAUUCUUAAUGCCCUCGAGAUUCGAACCCUGCGGCUUGAAUCAGAUGUACUCCAUGAGAUAUGGGACUGUCCCUGUCGUCAGCUCCACCGGCGGCCUCAAAGAUACUGUUGAGAAUUUCAAUCCCUACGCAAACGAUGGCAGUGGUCAAGGAACAGGGUGGAGAUUCUCACCGUUUUGCAAGGAGGCCAUGCUAGCGGCAUUGAGGAUGGCAAUUCAAACGUACAGAGAACAUAAAACAUCCUGGGAAGGGCUCAUGCAGAGGGGAAUGUCAAAAGAUUACACCUGGAACAGUGCUGCGAUCCAAUACGAACAGGUCUUCAACUGGGCAUUUACAGAUCCUCCAUACGUUUGAUCGGUGGUGGAUUUUGUCGGCCUUCUGGUUAAUAGCAAUUUUUUUAUAUAUAUAAUUUCGUUAAUGCACCCAAUUUUGAUCUUUCUUGUAAAGUAAAUAAUGUUCCUAUUUUAUUUUUCUAGAAUAAAGUUCAUAUUUUUCGA